AUGUCGUCGUUACAGGAACACAUCCUAGCAUUUAUUCAAAAUCCUAUUCCACACUAUGUGCUUGUUUGUUUGCCAGCCGUUGCGACAAUAGGAACAUCACCAUAUACUACUUUUAAGAAAAAAAUCUUUUGGACAUUGCGUUGUCUUGGAUGUCCAUUUACAGGAUUGUUUUACUCUUGCAACACAGCAAAUAACGAUACAGCUAUAUGCGCAUAUUGGCUAUCGUCAGUGCAUUUUCGCGUUAAUGGUAAUGAAAACAAUACAUCACCUAUUUGUCGACCUGUUGGACAUUAUUCUAUGAUAAUUAAUCCUACCACAGAACAGAAAGUGAAAAUGAGUCAUUGUGUCUCAAAUCCCUCAAUGCUUGAAAGAGUAUCAUCAGGGGUGUCAUUCUACUACAUUUGCGUUGGUAUAUUUAUAGGGAUCUCUAGAGUUAUAGGGCCAUGUACUCAAGCAGAUUGGCCGUACAUUUCAUUAGCAUUAGGCUGGACAUUGCCUGCAGUCCUAAAAAGAGUACGUGGAGGGAAAGUCGUGAUUAACGAUCCUAGAAGGGUACUUGAAGAUGAGCAAAUACUCGUGAAUAGAUACCCAAAAAUUGAUGUUGAUGAUAAAAAUGUUACAGACACCCAUGUUACGCUUACUGCUUUUGCCUCAAUAUUAAUCCCUUGGAUAGUAGUUCUCUUGGCUUACUUUACUCCUCCAGUUGGAUUUGGAUGUCGAAGCAAGUUCUUAUCGGUAUUAUGUUCUAUAUGGACAGUCAAUAGCAUUAUCGCUUAUUUUUAUCACAUUUUUGGUAAAGAAAAAUAUGUUAGCGAAUUGGUAUCUCUGUUGUGUUUAACGUUAAAGGUUGGAAAGAGCACUCGAAGAUUUGAAGAAUGUGAACAUGGUUUAGAACGUUGA